AUGAGAACAAUUAAAGCAGCAACACAAGCAGGCACCUAUCGGACGGGCUAUCAGACGGACCGGCAAGACAAGCAAGUGUCUAUCAGACGGGUCGACAAAGUCGGCGGCUAUCAGACGGGUCGGCAAGACAAGCAGGCGGCUAUCAGACGGACCGGCAAGACUAGCAAACUUCUAUCAGACGGGUCGGUAAGACAAGCAGUCGGCUAUCAGACGGGGCGGCAAAAGAAGCAAGAGUGUAUCAGACGGGUCGACAAGCAGGCGGCUAUCAGACGGGUCGGUAAGACAAGCAGGCGGCUAUCAGACGGGUCGGUAAGACAAAGUCGGCGGCUAUCAGACGGACCGGCAAGAGAAGCAGGCGGCUAUCAAACGGGUCGGCAAGAUAAGCAGGCGGCUAUCAGACGAGUCGGUAAGACAAGCAGGCGGCUAUCAGACGGACUAUCAAGCAAGCGUCUAUCAGACGGUCCGGUAAGACAAGAGCCGGCUUUCAGAAGGGCCGGCAUAACAGGCAAGCGUCCAUCAGACGGGUCGGUAAGACAAGCAUUUCCUAUCAGACGGGCUGUCAAGACAAGCAGGCAGCUAUCAGACGGGUCGGAAAGACAAGCAGGCGACUAUCAGGCGGACCGGCAAGACAAGCAAGAGUGUAUCAGACGGCUCGUUAAUAUAAUCAAGCGGCUAUCAGACGGGCCGGCAAGACAAGCAGGCGGCUAUCAGAGGGGUCGGCAAGACGAGCAGCCGGCUACCAGACGAGUCAGUAAGACAAGCAGCCGGCUUUCAGUAGGGCCGGCAAGACAGUCAAGGGUCCAUCAGACGGGUCGCGUAUGUACUGUUGGCCCUGGCGACGCCAUUAACCAAACUAUCUAUCUAUCUAUCUAUCUAUCUAUCUAUCUAUCUAUCUAUCUAUCUAUCUAUCGCCGGCUGUUCAUUAUCUAUCUAUCUAUCUAUCUAUCUAUCUAUCGCAGUCUGUUCAUUAUCUAUCUAUCUAUCUAUCUAUCUAUCUAUCUAUCUAUCUAUCUAUCGCCGGUGUUCAUUUUCAUCUAUCUAUCUAUCUAUCUAUCUAUCUAUCUAUCUAUCUAUCUAUCUAUCGCCGGCUGUUCAUUAUCUAUCUAUCUAUCUAUCUAUCUAUCUAUCUAUCUAUCUAUCUAUCUAUCGCAGUCUGUUCAUUAUCUAUCUAUCUAUCUAUCUAUCUAUCUAUCUAUCUAUCUAUCUAUCUAUCUAUCGCCGGCUGUUCAUUAUCUAUCUAUCUAUCUAUCGCAGACUGUUCAUUAUCUAUCUAUCUAUCUAUCUAUCUAUCUAUCUAUCUAUCGCAGUCUGUUCAUUAUCUAUCUAUCUAUAUAUCUACGCCGUUUUUCAAAAUAUAUCCAUUUACUGUAG